GUCUCGCACGUGUCCGUAUAAAGUUCGGAUAACUGCUCCUUAUUGGUAGCGUGCGAGAAAUCAGAAAUUGCCCGUGAAAUCCAGCUUUCCGACGCGCCCCUGAACGUGGCCCGUAUGGGGGGGAGUUUACAUGUAUGUUGAUGUUUGGCGGCCUGUUGCGGCAGCUCAGACUGCUCGACCACACACUUAACCGGCCCCUUUAACCACCGUGGUGGCCGGUUUGUGCUCCAGUCUUGGACUGAGAAGUUGGCUCAGUGAUGCAGCAGCAGAAGAUGAUGGCUACAGCUGCUCUCAAAAACAGUAUCUGGGUUUUCUCUGCAAGUGAGUCAACUGGGGGUCUUUUAGGAUCCAGUUCCUGAGAUACGGUUCAGGACACAAAACGAGUCAACUGAAUCUCGUCUGCCGGGACAAAUCAGAGAAUUUGCAUGUCAACAUGGACAACAUCGAUGACUACUACAUUUGGCAGCGCCGUAUCCACCACGGGAUUAGGUAUCAGAAAGUCGCAGUCCCCUUCCCAGAGUCGGUUGAAAUCGGUUUGGAGUUCAACGCGGCAUUGGAAAGGAAGGAGAUGUUAGAUGAGUGUCUGCUGACAAAUGCUGUGAUGCUGGAGCUUUGUGACUUUGCCAAAACGGUGACCAAGUCAGAGAAGUAUUUCCUGUUCGAAAUGCUAGAGUUCAACUUUGACCUCGGCGUGGACGUGGACAAUGACAUGCAGUAUUAUGACUAUUCAACACGUGUUCACAAUAAAAUAAAACAGCUGAAAGAACAAAUCAAGAUGAAACCUCGGAGAUGGAAAGAAGCAUUUCCGCUACCAGAUCGAAACGUUAUAAUGGCGUCCGCAGGUUCAGAGGUGCCCGGACGGUACUACCCGAAAAGAAACAAAAUCGCGGAUAGUUCGGUCCUCACUGACGGCAGCAAGAGUAGCCAGUCUUCAGAAAAUCAGAUGACCGAGAGUAAGGGGGCCGCAAGCAGUACGUUCACUAUUAAGAAAAAAGGAGGAGUCCAAUUAAAACGAACAGAUGAUGUUUACCCUUUCUGUAGAGAGCUUGGUGUGGCUCUGGCUGUUCGACCGCAUGAAAAACCCAAACAGAAACUGGACCCAAAGCUGGUGACCAGCGGUGUGAUGUUGGAACUGCUUGAUUUUUCUAGAGUGCUUUGUGGAACACACACUCAGAUAGUUAACGCCUUGGUAAAGCACAAUUUUGGUCAUGAAUUGGAUAAAAUGCAGUUCCGCAUGCAGUUAAACAAGCUGAUGGAGAGAAAAUAUGCCUGCCUAACAGCUGAGGACAGAGGUGCCUUCCGAAAGGAGCCUUUUAGAUUCCAGAUCAAGAACCAGAAACAGAAGUAUAAAAAGAGAAGAAACCCUGACACAGAUUACCAAGAACUGGAAAGGCUAACAGUGGCCAGUAAGAGAAGAGAAACAUUGAGGCUCAGGCGCAGUGGUGCCCAAGAAAUUUGUCAGGAUAGUGAACUGUCAUACAUGUGUCCAAUCGAUUUUGAGACCGAAAUGCAGUCAGGUGCCGAGGUCGGACCAGAAAAAAUGAAGUUUGAGAGUUGUUUGUCAGGAACAGCUGUAGAAACAAAGUUGGCAGUGGCGCUGGAUGUAAAGCAAGAAGAAGAGGAGGUUUCCGUCUCCCCAAUUCAACCUCAGACUAAAGGCACCAACUCUUGUUUGUUUAACUUUCAUCCAAAGGAUGAACCAAUCUUGCGCCCGUUUUCUGAAAACAAAAACAAGAACAUUGAUUUAAAAACACUGAAACAGAGGCUGUGGAUGAGGCGUGCUACUCGCUCAAAACAAAUCCUGAAGUCGAGCAAAGUUAACGACAUGUUUACCCACUGCAGAGAUAUAGGUUUAGACUUUAAUGUCAGUUCAUGCAAGAAACAGAACUUGGAUCUGCGACUACUCACCAACUGGGUGUUGUGGGAGGUUUUAAAAUUUGCAACUACGAUGCAAAAGAGCUUACAAAGUUUUUUGUUUGACAUUCUGGACAACAACUUCAACCUUGUCCUCCAAGAUGAACUGCGUCAGCGCAAUUUUAUAUUUUACAUCAUAACAAAAGAAAGGACUCUUCGGAACCACCCUGCCAGACAGAAAACAGAGUUUCUCAGCAGUCCCUUUCAGUUCCCAGAUGUUUACAACAUGGUUGAUGCGACCAGCUUUUUUCAAACUGAACAGGGACUUGAAACAGAGCAGCAGACAAACUGGGAUUCGUCAUUAUCAGCUACAAGUCAGCAGACAGAUGUGGAGCCUCACCCGUUCUGUAAAAAGCUAGGUCUCAAUCUUUGGUCGACGGAAGAACAUCUGGCGAGCCAGAAGCUUGAUUUGACUGUCCUGACCACUGGAGCUGUGCUGGAAAUACUCAGCUUCGUCAGAGAGCUGUGCGGAGAGGUCCGCGAGACGGUCAAUGACAUCCUGGAGCACAAUUUCGAUCUUGAUCUGCAAAGUGGUGCGACCGAGGCCGCACAGUUGAUCACAAGAUGGUACGUGACGCAGAAAAGCUUGAUGAAAAAGCAAAACAUGUCACCAAAGAUAAAUAGGUGGUUGAACAUGGUCGUGCCACUGAAUGGUCACUCGCAGCUCAGUCCACAACCACCAACCAGCAACCGUCUUGAUCUCGAUUCAGGAAACUUAAACCUAGGCACAGAAAGGAGGGUAUUCAGUGGAAAUGUGCGACAGGUGAAGAAGGUCAACAGCUAUCACAUCUGCAGAGAAAAAGGGUUGGACCUUGACGUUGGCUCGAAAUCAGAAGCCAAAACCAAACUCGACUUGCGAGUGCUGACGAGGGGAGUCCUCUUUGAGAUGCAUCAGUAUGUAGAACAAAACUGCAAUCGUUACGUUCCGGCCCUGUACGAGAUUCUGGAGUACAACUUCGAUCUCAGCUCUCAGAGUCACCGGAAGGUGGAGUUCGCCUGGUCCAUUGCCUCUCAGGUGAUAGCCAUGGUGGGAAAAAAUGGCAGAAAGGGAGAUUAUCUGAACGCAGUGUUUGAGCUGCCCAUGGAGGUCUCCGAGUCCUCACAGAUCGUCUUCAAAGAGGAGCCGGAGGACGGCUUCGGCCAGCCGGACCUUAACGAUGACGACGACAUCGUGUUCGUCCGAAAACUGAAGCCUGUUGACAUUGAGCCUCUCAGAACAAGACAAUUUGAAGACGUCACCUUGAUCCCCGGGAAGUUGUGAUAGCGCUAAAAAGCAGAAAACUCCUCUCUGAAACAGCUUGGACUCCCCUGAAGGUAGGAUUCACCGCAAGGUAUUCGACUGCACUGAUUUUGACUAGGUGUACCUAAUAAUCUGAAACUGAAUGUCAGUAUUGCAUAUGAUGAUCAGUCCCCACUUCUGACCGAAGCCAAACGGCUCCUCCUGUGAGUUCCUGUCCUGGUGCUGGCAGAGAGCCGAAACAGAGAGAACAAUCAGCGUUUUAAAAUUUAUCCGACUUAACGUGGGCAUGCACUUCUUAGGAAAUAGAGAAAGACAGCGGUUUGUAAUUAAACCAAGUAAACUACGGCCACAAAGCACCAGCAGCUGUUUAGCUGAUAGUCGUAAAACAUGAGAAAACGUGUAAUGAAAUGAACAGAUGCACUGUGGACGUUGAAACCUCAACGUGACGGGAUCCAGGGGACGUAAGGUGAUAUUCACAAGAUUAUAAGCUUUUUAAAACACUUUGAUCCGCAUACAGACGCUCUACCAUCAGUUUGUCAAAUAUGAUUUAAAGUUUCGGUACCACUUUCUGAUAAGGCAGGGUUUGCAAAGGGUUUAUAAGCUGACAUUUAUGGCUUUAUUAGUGGUUAAAAAAUCAUUUAUUAAUGCCCUGUAGAUCAGCUGUAGGCCAUUAAUAAGAUCUACGUUGGUGUUGCCAGGUUGUGGAAAAUCCUCCUCCAGCACAACACUUCUCUUGUCUCUCUAGCUCAUUAAUUCGUCAAGGAGACGUCUCCGAUGGACGGUUUGACCACCGGUCUUCUGAAAAACAGCUGCAGGACACCUGGACCAAAAUCCCUUUAGAAACUGAUCACUGACAUUUAAAACUGGGGACCUGAUGGACUGUAGAACCUCUUAUUAGUGAUUUACUAACAUUUGUAACUGCAGGUGACUAACGGUUCAUCAGAAAUGGAGAAACCCAAGUCAUACUGACAUUUAUACCCUGAGGAUUUAUUAGAAAGCGUGAAAACCUCAGUAAUAAUUAUUGGUUUAGCAACAUUUGUAUCGGCUUUAUUACUUAUUUAUCACGAUGAAAAGGAGUCUUUGUGAAGACAACAGAACGGGAACUUCACCUCAGAACGUCAACGUAUUUACAUUUACUGUGUUCUUCUCUCUACAUUUGGACUAUUUUAAGUUUUACACACAGAUCAGCAGUGAGUCAGACUCUGUAAGUUAAUAAAUGAUUCUACCCAAAUAAAUGUUAAUAAUCCGGUUACAUGUCCUGCAGCUCUUCACCAGAGGAUCGGUGGUCAAACCGUCCAUUGGAGACGUCUCCCUGGGGACUUACAGAGAUAAAAGACACCGAUGUCGCUCCGGAGGAGGAUUAUUCCACAGCCUGGAUCAGU